UGGAACAUUGUUUAAUCAUGGAACUGGUGAAAUUGAUGCAAAAGCUGCAAGUCAUGAUAUUGAUUUGCUUUUUUCAUCAGCUGUUAUGCAAGAGGUUCCUAAAUUAAAAGAACUUUUGGAAUCAUCAAAAGACAGUUCUUUAGGUUGUAAUUGGGAAAAUAUCAGCCAAUACUUGUCAGAAUCAAUUGCCUAUCUAAAGAAAGAGAAACAAUUCAGAUUAUUAAAAAAUACCAUAGUUAAAAAAGUCAUUAUAUCUUACAAAGAUAAUAUCUUUCCAUUUGCCUUUAGCUUGUUGGAUGCAGUCAACAGACAAAGAAAGUUCACUCAGAAAAUGGUAGUCAAUUGCUAUUAUUGGAUUUGUAAUUAUCAAAUACAAAAUCAUGCUAUUAAAAAAUAUGAAUGUUUCAUGAAAUUGAUUG